CUAGAUGCGGGGAGACGGCCUAUACCCCGGCCGGGGAGUCUCGGAAUAACCCUGAAUGCGGGGAGACCUUCGGCUGAAAGUCUCCUGCUAAUCGUGGCUUUUCGAGAAGUUAAAGGGGCAGACCUACAUCAAUCUCGUAAAAAGGCCAAAGCCCGCCAGAACGCUCACGUUCUCACCACCGGCUACUCCGGAGCCAUGUCCGAACGCAAUCAUGAUGAGACAUCUGCGUGGACGGCGAAGAGAAAAGCCGAUCGCGCAGUCACCUACCCCAGGAAGCGAGCGCUUAUCGCCUGUGAGAUAUGUCGCAGACGGAAGACAAAAUGUGACAAUGUGCGUCCUACAUGCGGCGGUUGUCGUGAUUUGGAGAUUGAGUGCGUGUAUGCGGACUUGACAUCGAAGCAUGGCACAUAUGAUAUGGCUAGUUUGGAGAUCCUCGACAGGAUAAAUUACGUCGUCAGCUUACUUGAAAAUCACCGUGAUAAACAGCCAAAAUAUGCAUGUACCGUUAGCAAUCCGCCUCCUGUCCAGGAAAGGACUCCACAGGAACUUAAUUUGGCUCACAUCAACCAAGGGCUAGAUCCAUAUUUAUCUCCAGGAUCUCAGCCCUGGUCAGAAGGGUAUCAAGGCGACACCGGCACCAGUCAAGAUGAGGCUGAGAUUUUGCUGGAAUCGCUAGAGAUCGCAGGGCGUACCCCUCAAGUGAGCGAAGAUAUUCUCAACUGGCCCAUCUUUGGCCAAAAUUUUGAUCGAUCAGACAUAGAAAGUUUAAUAUUUAGCCCUCAAAAUCAUGAACACACAGGAAGUGAAUCACCUUCAUUUUCCAUUGUCAAGGACGAAGUCCGCUCACUAAAACCGGGAAAGAGGAUCUGCGAAGAGGAUAUUUUACCUCUAAUAGACCGCUUUCUGAUAAACGUGCAUAUUAAGAACCCUGUUCUGGACGCUGAUGACUUGAUAGACAGGGCGCGGAAAAUAUCCGAAAAUGGAUUUUCCUGGGACGCAACGUCGUGCCUUGUACUCAUCAUAUGUGCGCUUGCAAAUAUAUCAUCCACUUUCUCGUCAGAGUGUGUUACGCCGCAACUGGUUAAUGAAGGAGAUAAGAACAGCAUUGGAGACACUCCCGACUAUGCCACCGCUGAAAAUUACUACAUUGCAGCUCAAAAGCGAGUCGCACUCCUUGAAAAUUCCAUACCGGCAACGCAAUGCUACUUUCUUACAGGUGUGUAUGAAAUGUAUUCACUAAGGCCAAUAAGGGCAUGGGCAUCGUUCAACAGGGCCUGUCAGACACUCCAAAUAUACCUCCGUGGCCAAAAGCAAAAGCAAGAAGCAGGUGUUGAGCGACGACUAUAUUGGUCUUGCUUAAAGUCUGAAUGUGAAAUCAGGAUGGAAAUCAACUUGCCAUCAUCCGGCCUGGCCAAGGCAAAUUAUCCAGAUGUAUUUCCAACUCCACCAACUGCAAACAGUCCAGACUCUCGAGAAACCGUCACAUCAACAACGGAUAAGCGAAAAGAUGGGUUUUCUACAGGCUCGACGCGCUUCUUUGAACCAGACAUUGAGCAGAUAUGGAAGUAUUACUUAUCAGAAAUUGCUGUUCGCCAAAUCGGCAAUCGUCUCAUGAAUUCGUUCUACAAAACAGACGAAUCAGCAUGGCUUCGCAUGCCAUUAGAUCGAAUGAUUCGCGUUGCUGAAGAGCUCGAAUUACAACUGACUCAAUGGUUUGACAAUCUACCCACUACGCUCGUUACUACGACGAGCAGUUCAAGUGUUCAUAAAACCCAUAACAAAAAUAUAACCAACGAACUGCGGUAUAUGCUGCAUGCCCGACUGAAUGAUUUUCGCGAGCGAAUCUACAGACCCUUCCUUUACCUCGCCAUUCAUUCCCCAGCAGAAGACCCUACCCAGCAGAGGCUGACCAUAUAUGUCCGGAGAUGUGUCGAUGCAUGCCUGGCAUGUCUGAUGCGCGGCACGCCGAGGCAUCGCCACCAUGGUACAUGGUAUGAGAAUCGAGGCAUGUUCUUAAAAAGCGUACUGUUGGUAGCUGCAGUGAAAAGUGGCAAGAUAUAUGUGCCAGACCUAUGGCGGCAAGGGGUAGAGUUGUGCACUGCGGGAUUCAAGUUCUGGGAACAAGAGGCCCCGGAUUUGAGAGAGGCUAGAAAAGUAUUGGAUGGUCUUUUAAUGGGGUUAGAUUGUGCAAACAGUCUACCUGAACCGCCAAGGUUAUACACCAUCCCAGCUUCACAGUGUGGAACAAUCGCUAACGACUCUAGCAGAGCUGAGCCCUAG